UUUGACAUUUAUUCCAAAAUGGUGUCUGUUUUUCAUCAUUAGCAUCCAUCCAUCAGUUUGCUACGUUCCGUCAAAAUAUACGUGACCCACCAAUAUUGAAUUUACUUCAAUGCAGUUUAUCUAGCAGAUGGUAGUGUUGUGACGAACAAUGAUAAAAUGAUAAACUACGGCAAUAUGAUGCAUACCGAUCAAUUUCGGAAGGUUGAAUCGUACUCUCCGAAGUCGUCUCCUCGAGGAGCACGGUCACCAGUCGUUUCUCGACAAGAUUCGUCAGGGACAUUGAAAACGACGAUUUCGUUGGGCAAAAAUCCGUCGAUAGUUCACAGUGGACCGUUUUAUUUAAUGAAAGAGCCGCCAGUCGUUCUUGGAGAAAGUGAACUGACUGGCGCUACUAACUUAAUGAACUAUUAUGGCUUGGAACAUUCGUAUAGUAAAUUUAGUGGUAAGAAGGUCAAGGAACAGCUCUCCUCAUUCUUACCAAGUCUUCCUGGUGUUAUCGAUGGACCUGGCCAAUCGGACAACAGUUCACUGCGUAGCAUUAUCGAGAAACCACCAAUUGUUGGCAAAGAAUUGAUGCCGCUGACUAGUGUGCAAUUAGCCGGAUUUCGACUACAUCCGGGACCAUUACCUGAACAUUAUCGUUACUUAAAUACAGCACCCGCACGAAAGCAUAAAAACAAACAUAAGAAACACAAGCACAAAGACGGCACUACGCCGCAGGAGACAUCGUUGAUGGACACAAGUUUAGACACCCACGAAAAGAAACAUAAAAAGCAAAAACGACACGAAGAUGACAAAGAACGAAAAAAGCGGAAAAAAGAGAAGAAACGUAAAAAGCAACGACAUAGUCCAACCGCUCCAACUGACAAUGUUUUAGGAGUAGACUCUUUGUUUUAGAUGAAACCAUUUUUUUUGUAAAAUUCUUUUCAUCGAAAUGGAGAGAUAGGAUCGCGAGCGGGUGGCGUGGAGUGUGUAUCUGUGGGAUUACAGUGAAACGAUUUAUGCUAAUUUAUGGGAGAUUGAAUCAUUUUAGUGAAUGUUUUGUUGAAUUAAUGCGCUCCAAAUUGGCUAAGUAUUUUUUAUUUUUGUUUGACGCUCUGCUGCUAACAGUGGUGGUGGUGGUCAAUGCUGCUGUUAUACUAAACGAAUUACGAAUUUUCCAAAGUUUUCGUUUCA